UGGUGUUUGGUUGGCAAUUUCGGAUAAGUAAAAACGGAGUAAAUUAAAAUAUCCUUGGAAAAGAAAUUAAAAAAAAAAUUCCGUCUUAAAGUUAUUUACAAAUAUUAGACACUAUUAAAUUGUAGAAAAAAAUUUGCAUUUCAUUUUUAAAUAAAGCAUUUAAAUAAAAAUUAAUACGGCAUGUGGAGUCCGACUCACGUACAAGUAACGGUUCAAAGAGCCAAAGGUCUUUUAACAAAAGGUAAAAAUGGUACAAAUAAUUGUUUUGUUACAAUUGCCUUGGGUAAAGAUAAAUAUCAAACAUCAAUUCGUGAGAAGGCAUCACAAAAUGUUGAAUGGCAUGAAGAAUGUGAACUUGCAAUUCCAGAAAAAGGAAAUACAGCUGAAUUGAUUCUAACAUGUCUACAUCAUAACAGUUUAGGUAUUGAUGAAUUUUUAGGACAAGUAACAUUACCAUUACGUGAUAUGGAUGCAUAUGAUACACCACGUCCCAAAUGGUUUAAAUUACAAAGUAAACCGGGACAAGAGAAAAAAGAUAAAGAACGUGGUGAAUUAGAAGUGAGAAUUAAUUUUACUGUUAAAGCUGGUUCAUUAAGUGAUUUAAGUAAAAAAGAGAAACAUAAAUCAUCAUUUAAUCAAUUGGCAUCAUCAGUUGGUGGUAGUUUAUUAAGUAUUGGUACAUUAGAAAAGAAAAAAGGUAUUAAAAAGAUUGCAACAUCAAUUGGAUCAAAAUUACAUUUGACUGGAAAGAAAAAAGAUAAAAAAGGUGGUGGUGGUGAUGUAGAUUCAGAAUCAUUUACCGGAAGUAUGGCUAGUAUUGGUACACCAAAUAGUUCAUUAGGCGGUUCAAGAAAAUGGAAUGGUAGAAGUUAUAUUGGCAAUACUGAUCCUGGCGUUGCUGAUGAUGGUGAUAUAAAUUUUGAUAGACUAUCACAAAGAAGUUCAAUUAGUAAUAUAUCGUAUGCACAAGAACAUAAUAUCAAUAAUUCACCUACUAUAAAUCGCCCGAGUGUUACCAUAUCAUCGCAAAAUAAUUUUUCGAAUGGUGUUCCCGAAAACAAAAAUGUUCCACAAAAUGGUGAUAAAUCAAUGGGUAAUCAAAAUAAUUCAAAUUCAAAUAUAAAUGUAAAUCAAAUGGAUUCAGAUAGUACACCUUCAUUAAAAAGAAGAAUAUGGGGUAAGACUCGUGUUCCACUUCCAAUACCAGAACGAUCAGAAGAUGAAUUACUUAAGAAUGGAUCUCAAAAGUAUGAUAUCCGAAAUAGUCAUUUUGAAAAUGAAGACCACGAUGUUGUAUUACGAGCAAAAGAUGAACCUAUUUUACAAGAAAGCCGAAAUUCUCAGAUGUUAGAUGUCCCUGAAACACAUAAACCGAAACCUCGCCAAUUUCUUCCAAGUAAUACCGAUGAUGAUUUUGCUUUAGAUAAUUUAUCUUGCAAUAGUUCACCAUUCAGUUCGUUAACUUCACAAUCUUAUUAUGAUUAUAAUCCUAAUAAUGAUUCUGUUCGUUUAUCUAAUAAAGUGGAAGAAGACGAUGAAGAUAGUGGUUUUGGAACAUUUAGUAGAGGAGAUUCAAAACGAAGAGCAUCCAGAAAAAAGUAUUUUGCACCAGUACUAAAAGAAAGAGAAAUUGAAAAAAGAUUUGAAGAAUCGAUGCAUAAUGUAGAAAAAGAAAUAAUUAUUGAUUUUGAACCACAAAAUAAUUCUAAAUUUGAAGAAAAUAAAAAUGAAAUUGAAAUAAAUUCAGACACGGAAAUUUCCGCAAAUCCGAUGUAUUAUAGCGACAACUUCUUCAAGAAACCUGACCCACCAGCUAGAAGAGUUAAAAAUAGUCAAAUUCACAACAGCCCGAAUUUUGUAAAAAUUGAGCAUGAAAAUAUUUCUGCUGAAUAUCAAUUUGCAGAAAAAUAUGAAAAGGUCAAUCCUGAAAGUAUUGCUAUUUCUACAAACAAAGCUAAAAUUAUCGAAACCAGAAAUGAAGAAGUUGUAAAAUUCAACACUGGUGUUGCCGAAAUUACACAAGUUGCCCCUCCUCUAAAAGUUGAACUAGAAGAUAUUGAUAAUAUUGCAACAUAUGAGCGGCAACCUGAUACAGUCAUAGAAAAAUAUCCAUAUUUUGUUAGCCAUAAAAAUGAGGUAAGUAAUUUAACAAUACAGCUUGAAAAACCAUUUGAAGAAGAAAAUGUGGAGAUUCUGGGGUCUAAAAAUGAAAGUGUACCUGAUUUAAAUGAAUCAAAUUGUAAUAAAAAUUGUGAAGUUCAUGAGAAUCAAUAUAAGUCUUUUCCGUUAUGUGAGGAAAGUACCAAUAAAGUUUCGGUAUCUAACAUUCGAAGUCGUUUUGAACAAAAUUCUCCAAGAAAUAAUUCAAUUUUGAUUUCGUCUAAAGAUAAUUCAAAACUUGAAUUAGAAUGUUCUCAAGAAAACUCAUAUAAUAGAAAAUCAUCAGAAAUAAACAUUAAUUUAACUCUAAUAACACCAGCAAACGAAGAAAAGGUAUUUGAAAAAAUGAAAAUGGAACACUAUGCUACUAAGACCAUGCCUAUUGAAAGAUUUGAAAAAGCUCCUCUUCAAAGCAAAGCAGUGGAAUAUUCAAUUGCUAGAGAACUCGGAAUCGUUAAAGAAGAAGCAUUUGCAGUAGAGUGUUGUACUAAAGAGGUAGUUGAAAACUUUACUUCACAAAACCUCGCUGUUAAAUCGAAUGUAGUUCAAAUUCUUGAAGUAAAGAAGGAACAAAAUGUUGCAGUUGAAUGCGCCAUUGCAGAGGUUUUCGAAAAUGCCCAUGUAAAUAAUAUAGCAAACGAAAUUUAUGUCAAAGAACAGAUCGAAACUCGCAAUGAAGAAGAUUUUGCAAUUGAAUGUAAUAUUGCUCAAGCGUUUGAAAAUGCUGUAAUAAAAAGUAUGGCAAAAGAAACUUAUGUCAAACAGGAAUUUGAAAAUCGGAAAGAAGAAAAUCUUGCAGUUGAACUUAAUAUGGUAGAAGUUUUCGAAAAUACAAUGGUAAAAAAUAUUGCAAAUGAAGCUUACGUUAAGAAAUUAUUUGAGACUCGGGGUGAACAAAAUAUUGCAAUUGAAUGUAACUUAGCUGAGGUAUUCGAAAACGCGGUAGUUAAGAAUAUUGUAAAUGAAGUUUGCGCUAGACAAGAAAUGGCAACUCGCCUUGAAAGAAAUCUUGUAGUUGAGUGUGGUUUCCCUGAUGAAUUUGAGAAUGCUCAAGUGAAAAACAUUACCAAUGAACUUCAUCUUAAACAAGAGCAUGAGAUUCGCAAUGAAGAAAAUAUUGUAGUUGAAUGCAGUUUCCGUGAUGUUUCUGAAAACGCUAAAGUACAAAACAUUGCAAAUGUAGCUCACCUUAAGCAAGAGCACGAGAUUCGCAAUGAAGAACAUAUUGCAGUUCAAUGUAGUUUCCCUGAAAUUUUUGAAAGUACAAAGGAAGAAAAUAUGGUAGUCGAAUCUUAUAUCAAGGAUGAAUCUGAAACUCUUACUGAAGAAAAUUUUGUAAUUCAUUGUAAUUCUGCUACAGCAUUUGAAAAUCUUAAUUUCGAAAAUGUCAUUAAAGAGUCAUAUAUUCCAAAAGUUUAUGAAACUUGUACUGCUGAAAAUAUUGCUACAUCAAGUUCAACUGCUGAACCAUGUGAAAAUUCUGUUGCCAAAUCCAUAAUGACUAAGUUUGAAAUUUGUGAAAAUUUAGACUUCUGUAAAGAAGAAAAUUUUGUAAACGAAUGCCAUCUUUCUGAAAGAUUCGUAAAGGCUAAUUCGCAAGAAAUACUUCUAAAGAUGAAUAUUCCAAUAGUUAAAGAUGUAGAAGAUUUUGAGCAUUUAAAAGUGGUUCCCUUUGCUGAAAAUCCUAAGCAAAUAAAUAUUAUCCCAAGCGAAAAUCUAGCUAAAGUCUUUAAGAAGACAGAAUUCGAACAUGUCGCAAUAAACAAUGUACAAAAUUCUGAUAACAGUAAUGAAGAAAAUAUCACUAGUUGUGAUACUCGUACUAUUGAUCGCUGUGAAACUGUUAAUUCCAAAAUAAUCCUUGCCAAUGAAAAUGUAGUACAAAUGAACGAUACAAUUGAAUCACAAAAGACUGAAAUUAAUAAAGAAAUAAUCGAAUUAAAUAAAACCAAAGAAAUUCAAAAUAUCAAUUCAAUUCCAAUACCAAAGCCCCGAUCUCCAGUAAAUUUUAACGAAAGCCUAUUAAAUAAGUCUUCUUCAAAUAUUUUACAGAUGAUUGAGAAUAAAGAAGAAGACUACUCCGAUAGCAAAUUCGAAAAAUCCUUUAAAAUUCCAAAUUCCUCUUCAACAAUUACUUCUGAAGAUGAAGAUGAUUAUGAGAGUCAGUAUUCUGAGCCAGAAUUAAAAACGAAUAAAUUAAAUAUAACCAAAAAUGUUGGUAAUGACUCACAAACAAAAACUGAUUCAAAAGUUUUUCAAUCAAUUGAUUUUGAGAGCAAUGAGGCAAAUACUAAAAUACCAAUUGCAAGGCCUCGAAACCCAAAUGCAGAAGUUUUCAAUAAUUUAGCAGAAAGUUCAUCAUCAAAUUGUUCUUCUUUAGAAAAUAUGUAUUUAACAGUUGUUGUGCCAAAACGUGUGGGCAAUCAAGAUCCCGGAGUCAUUGAAGAUGAUGAUGAAUUUGUUUUCGACAAAUUGUCACAUAAAAGUUCAGGAAGUUCAUUAAAUAUUUCACGCGGGCAUAAUGACUAUAAUCAUAGAAUUCCAUCACCAGUUAUUUCAAAAGAAGAAGAUCGUAAUAGUUCAAAAAUACCAUCACCACCAGCCAAACCACCACGUAAUGCAUCUGAUCAAAAACUUGAUGAAUGGGAAUCAAAAUUAUAUGGCAAUCAUCUAGAGAUUGGUAGUACAGAUUCAUUGAAACGAAGAUCAUGGGGUAAUAAUCGUAUUCCAUUAAAUACGGCUGAAGAAAAUGAAGAACCUUAUGAAGAUGUUAAGCUAUCACCAUCAAGUAACACUAGUUCAAAUGGAAUAACUAAAAAUGAGACAACGAUGAAUGAUAUUAAUAUUUCUCCAAAAACUGGAGUAAAAUCUCAACAACGUAAUGACGUUAUAUUAGAAACUCCUGAAAUGAAUCAAAGUAAAGAAAAUAUUGAAAAAAUUUCUGAGGAGAAACCAGUAUCACCAAAAAUAGCUGUAACAAAUGCUGAAGUAACUGAAAAAAAAGAAUCAAAAUUAGAAAAAUUGCUUAAUAAGUCACCACUUUUGAGAACACAAUCUCGUGAAGCGUUGGAUAAUUCUGAUUUGAACAUCAAUAAGAGGUCGUCAACAAAUAAUGCUAAAGUAAGACCAAGAGCAUUACCAAGAAGUGAUACGAUUAGUAUAUUUACCGAUGAUGUAAUACAAAGCCCAGAAGAUGCAAAAGAAAUUCGUGAAAAAUUAAAAAAAGACCAAAAAGAAAUCAGUGAGAAGACUGAGAAAAUCGAAAAGAAACACAGAUUUGGUAAAUUUAAAUAUUUCGCUAAAAGAGGUGAAAGUAAAAAUGAUUUAAUUGAAGAAAAUGGUUUCCAUGGUGAAAGGCACAAUCCAAUAGGGCAUGAAAAUUUCAGUGAAAAUGAAAAUUCAUUACCAGAAUUAUCACCAGAAUUAUUAAACAAAUAUGAUGGAAAGUCAAGAGAAGACAUUAUUUUAAUAGCUGAUAGUUUUGAAAAAGAAAUGGUAAUGGAAAGAAAUCGUGUCAAAGAAUUAGAAGAAUAUUUGGAUAAUUUAUUGUUAAGAGUUAUGGAAACUCAUCCAAAAAUAUUACAAAAUCCUUAUAGAACAACAUCAACAAAAAGUUUUCAAAGAUUUUCUUCUUUUAGCGGAUAACUUGCUUUUAUUUUGGGAGAUUAUUAUGUGCCUUUUUCUGCUAAUUUUGGGCAAUAAUUAAAAAUUUUAUAUAAAUAAAAACAGCUAAAUUUAAAAAAAAAAAAAUAAAUUGCCUUUUGUUUUGCAUAAAUUAUAUCGCCUUAUUUUGUAAUAAUCAUGUUUAGUUUAAGAAUAAUACAAAAAUAGACAACUCCAAACAAAAAAUAUAAAAAACACAUUAAAAUUGAAAAAAUACAUAUAAAAAAGACAAAUAAUAUUUAAAAUAUUAAUUAAUAUUAAUAAAAUGUUAAUUCAAUAUUAAAUUGCUAAAAGUAUUCAUAUUAAACAUAAUUAUAUUACUAUUUAAAAAUUUGUUAUAAAAAAAAAGACAAACGAGUAAAUUUAAAAAUGCAUUGAUUACAGACAAUGUAAAUUUGUUAAUUAAAUUUAAAAAAAUUAUUUUAAUAUUUAUGCAAAUAUAAAAGUAUUUGUAAUAUUUAUUCAACUCAUUUCCUAAAGUUUUUAUAAAUAAUAUAUUUUAUUUAUCUAGUUUUUGAUUUUAUAAUAAAUUGUUAUAAAACUUUAUACUAGGAAAUAAAACUGAAACAGUUUCAAAACUAAAUAAAAUACUUACUAAAAAUAAAAAAAAGAAACUUAUUUAUGCAUUUUUAAAUGAAACUCACACAAAAUUAGGCCUGUGUAGUUAGUUAUAACAUAAUUUAAUAUAAAAAAUUAAAAAUAUAAAUUUGAAAACUUCCAAAUAGAAACAAAAAAAAGCUAUAGUAAAUUAAAUAUAAUACAAAAAAAAAGAUAAACAAAAAAUUAAUUUCCACUACAUUUUUGCAUGCAAAUAAUUUUAAUAUUUUUGCUAACUUUAAAAUCUUAAUAAUUCUUAUUAAAAUGUAUAUAAAAACUUGUUCUAAAUUAUCUUAU